CAACAUGGUAAAUAGCAUUUUUCCAAUGCAACCUUUGCCAAACAAUGAAACAAGACACAACUUCCGUAUUCAAACGUGAUACGCUUAGAGUGAAAAUCAAUUUCCAAAUAAGCUAAUUGAAAACAGAAAGAAUUUCCACAUUCACAGAAACUCAUUCAUUCUUCUAUAUUUUUUUUUAAGAGCUUUUCCAAUUAAUCUCAUGCCAACAACUCUUCCAAGACUCAAAUGCAUUUCACUCUUAAAUUGUUUUCCCAAACAAACCCUAACAAACAACAACAUAAAACAAAUUCAUGCUCAACUAAUCACCAACAACCUCAAUUCCCCCAAACUUUUUUCCAAACUAACAGACUAUUACUCUUCCACUUCAUCAAACCCUAACAUUCUUAAUUCCAUCUUUUACUACUUUCACCCCCCACAUUUACUCCUCUUCAACACUCUCAUAAAAUGCACCCCCUUUAACCAUUCCAUUCACAUUUUCAAAACCCACUUCUCAAAACAACUCAUUCCUUUUGACCAUAACACUUUCAAUUUCAUCCUUGGUGCUUGUGCUCGUUCACCUUCAUAUCCAACGUUAAAAUUAGGAACACAGUUACAUUCCUUAAUUAUAAAACAAGGGUUUGGUUCCAAUGUUUUAGUUCCAACUACGUUAAUUCAUUUUUAUGCUAACAAUAGAGAUAUUAAAUCUGCACGUAAGGUGUUCGAUGAAAUGCCUGACAGAAAUGUUGUCACGUGGAAUGCGAUGAUAACCGGUUAUUGUUCGUUAAAAGAUGGAAAUGAAAAGAAUGCUGUGAAUGGGUUGUGUUUGUUUAAGGAAAUGUUGAUGGUUGGUGGCAGUGAAGUUAGACCAAAUGAUACUACCGUGGUUUGUUUGCUUUCCGCGGCUUCUCAGUUGGGAAUGGUGGAAAUUGGUGUUUGCUUACACGGGUUUGCGGUGAAGGUGUUGUGUAAGGUUGAAGAUGAUGUGUUUAUAGGGACGGGACUUGUUGAUAUGUACUCGAAAUGCGGGUGUCUUGAGAGUGCUUUGUCUGUUUUCCGGCGGAUGAAAUGGAGGAAUGUUUUAACUUGGACUGCGAUGACUACGGGACUGGCAAUUCAUGGGAGAGGGGAAGAGGCGUUGAAAAUUUUGUAUGAGAUGGGAAGUGAUGGUGUGAAGCCGAACGAAACAACUUUUACGAGCUUGUUGUCUGCUUGUUGUCACGCAGGGCUUGUUGAAGAAGGGCUUCAAUUGUUUCGUGAUAUGGAAGGGAAAUUUGGUGUGGUGCCUUGGAUACAACAUUAUGGUUGUGUUGUUGAUCUUCUUGGAAGAAAUGGAAACUUGAAUGAAGCUUAUGAUUUUAUCAUGGAAAUGCCGAUUAGUCCUGACACUUUAAUUUGGAGGAGCUUGCUCAGUGCUUGUAGGAUUCAUGGGGAUGUUGUGAUGGGAGAGAAGGUGGGUAGGUUUCUUCUGAAGUUUAAAGAGAAGAGUUCUGAAGAGUUGGCUCAUAAGAGUGAAGAUUAUGUUGCUUUGUCAAAUGUCUAUGCUUCAGCAGGAAGAUGGGAUGUUGUUGAAGUUGUAAGGAAGAAAAUGAAGGUUAAGGGUAUUUGUAAUCAAUCUGGUCUUAGCUCAGUUCAAACUUUGAGCAAUGAUACAUUGUAAUUAACAAAGAAAAGUAUGACAGCAAGACAAUAAUUUUGAACAAAUUGUUAUUUUCUGCAUUUCGCGAUUUAUGGUUGAACGGUGCCACACACUUCAUAAAGUACUUAUUUGUAUGACUAUGUUAGUAUGAUUCAUUACUGUAAUGAUUAAGCAAGAAAUCACUUGCUUUUUAAUUACAAGUUGGACAGGACUGUUUUGUCCCUGUCUUUUAUUUUGACGCUACAUAGAAAGCUUGAAUAAAGACGCUCCUUGGAUUACACCAUGCAUUUGUCAUGCCAUUUUUAUUGAGGGUGAUAUUGCUCUUGCAACAGUGACUGCAAUUAUUAAUUGUAGCAUUGAUCCUAGGACAUCAUUCUCAUUUUUUAGGGUUUAUAUUUAAUUGGUCGAUGUGUGUGACAUAUACUCUGGUCAGGUUCGGCAAUCCUUACAGAAGAAUUAUCAUUUAAAGAAUUCCCCUGGUGAUCCUUGUUGUGUACUCUGCUGCUUGCACUGGCGUACCUUGUCAAGAGCACAUGGAGAUGAAGGGGCGGCUCUCGAAAUGUAUUGCCUCAGAAAUGAAUGCUACUCCAAUUCAAGAAAUGAAGUCUACCAAAGAAAAGAAAAGUCCUGAAUCCUCUUCUGCUAACAACACUGAGCAUACUAAUUUAGAAAUGCAGACUCUAUAAAGUACAAUUGUUAACAUCCAAAAGAGUAAAAUGUAUUUUGGAGUUUUGCUUGAUA